AACCUUUUUAGCACCCCCAACGAACUCUCUCUCUCUCUCUCUCUCUCUCUAACACCUGUAGUUAAAGGUGCCUCUAUAUCUUCUCUCUCUUCCUGCAGUCUGAACUCAUUCCUGCACAGCUGAUUACAAGAUCAACCAGUCAUUUACUUCAUAUUCGUCAGCCUGAUCUAAGCUACAGCCGUCAAAGCCAUUCAAAUUACGCAACUUUUCCCCUCUCAUUGUGAUCGAAUCUAUCGCAAAUUAACUCUCAAGAGUCGUUCGAUUUCAGCAGACCUUCUGUUAGAUACUGCGAUUAAUUGAUUUUCAAUCUUCUCUGCUGGUUGCGUUUUGUAUUAUGUGAAUAAAUUAAAGGGGUUGGGAUGAAUUUGAUGAAUGAGGGAAUGAUUUUCGUUUAAUUAAGGACAAGGAUGGGGUUGAUUGUUAUUGUAGAAGCUUUAGUUAGGUUUGGGAUUCCGUAGUCUCAGAUGAUGAUGAUGCAGACUCCGAGGAUGACUUCAGAGGCUAGUAGGACAGGUGGCCAAGUUGAAAGGGACAUUGAACAGGCCAUUACUGCUCUGAAGAAAGGGGCUUAUCUUCUUAAAUAUGGCAGAAGAGGAAAACCUAAGUUUUGUCCCUUCAGGCUGGCUAAUGAUGAAUCUGUUCUCAUAUGGUUUUCUGGGAAAGAGGAAAAGAUCCUUAAACUUAGUCAUGUCUCCAGAAUUGUUUCAGGGCAACGAACUCCAAUCUUUCAAAGGUACCCACGACCCGAGAAGGAGUAUCAAUCAUUUUCUCUAAUAUAUAACGAUAGGUCUCUGGAUUUGAUCUGUAAGGAUAAAGAUGAAGCUGAGGUUUGGUUUAGUGGUCUUAAGGCAUUAAUAUCACGAGGCCAUCAAAGAAAAUGGAGAACAGAAUCAAGAAGUGAUGGAAUCCCAUCUGAAGCUAAUAGUCCCAGAACCUACACACGCAGAAGCUCGCCUUUACACUCCCCAUUUGGUAGUGGUGAUAGCUCACAAAAGGACUUAAUUGAUCAGAUCCCCCUCCAGUCUCCAUUCGGAAGCCCUCCAAAAAACAUUCCAGACGUCAACUUCUACAAGAUUCCUCCUCCCAAAGGUUUCUUCUCAGAUUCCGCCACCGGUUCUGUCCAUUCAUUGUCAUCUCGAGGUUCCGAUAGCAUCCAUGGCCACACUAGGGCAACGGGAAUCGAUGCGUUUAGAGUCAGCUUAUCAAGCGCCGUUAGUUCAUCAAGUCAAGGCUCCGGUCACGAUGACGGGGACGCCUUGGGAGACGUGUUUCUCUGGGGCGAGAUCGCCGGAGACAGUGGCCGGAAUUCAAACGGAGGUAAAAUCGACUGUUUACUACCGAAGCCUUUAGAAUCUGCUGUGGUACUCGAUGUUCAAAAUAUCGCUUGUGGUGGACGACAUGCUGCGUUAGUAUCGAAACAAGGGGAGAUCUUUUCCUGGGGUGAAGAGUCAACCGGAAGACUCGGACAUGGCGUCGAUUCCGACGUUUUGCACCCAAAACUUAUCGAUUCUCUUAGCAACACAAACAUCGAGCUCGUGGCAUGCGGUGAGUAUCACACGUGUGCCGUGACACUUUCCGGCGAUCUAUACACAUGGGGCGACGGACAUUUCGGGGUACUCGGACAUGGGAAUGAAGUGAAUCAUUGGGUUCCAAGACGAGUAAACGGCCCUCUAGAGGGUAUACACGUCUCCUUCAUCGCCUGCGGACCAUGGCAUACCGCCGUCGUGACCUCCGCCGGCCAACUUUUCACUUUCGGUGACGGGACGUUCGGUGUUUUAGGCCAUGGAGAUCGGAAAAGCAUCUCGAAGCCUCGGGAAGUCGAAUCUCUUAAAGGACUUAGAACCGUUAGAGCCGCUUGCGGUGUCUGGCAUACCGCCGCCGUCGUGGAAGUCAUAGUCGGGAAUUCAAGUUCUUCAGGGAAAUUAUUUACAUGGGGCGACGGCGAUAAAGGUCGACUAGGUCACGGCGAUAAAGAAACAAAACUCGUACCCACUUGCGUCGCCGCACUCGUCGAUCCCAAUUUCUGCCAAGUUUCAUGUGGGCAUAGCAUGACGGUGGCGCUAACAACCUCCGGUCACGUCUACACAAUGGGAAGUCAUGUGUACGGUCAACUCGGGAAUCCUCAGGCCGACGGAAAACUCCCGGCACGUGUCGACGGCAAACUCUCAAAAAGUUUUGUCGAGGAGAUAUCUUGUGGGGCAUAUCACGUUGCGGUUUUAACCUCGAGAACCGAAGUUUACACGUGGGGUAAGGGCGCUAAUGGCCGACUCGGCCAUGGAGAUAUAGAUGACCGAAAUGCCCCUACUUUAGUGGAAGCUCUAAAAGACAAACAAGUAAAAAGCAUAGCUUGUGGGACUAAUUUCACCGCUGCUGUAUGCCUUCAUAAAUGGGUCUCAGGAUCCGAUCAGUCCAUGUGCUCCGGCUGCCACCUCCCCUUCAAUUUCAAAAGAAAACGUCACAAUUGCUACAACUGCGGACUCGUUUACUGCCAUUCUUGUAGCAGCAAAAAGUCAUUACGAGCUUCCAUGGCAUUAAACCCAAAUAAACCUUAUCGCGUAUGCGAUAAUUGCUUUAAUAAAUUGAAAAAAGUCAACGACUUUGACUCCUCGUCACAGUCAUCAUCCGUUAGAAACGGAACCGGGAACGGGAACGGGAAUGGGAAUCAGGGUUUGAAUAUGAACGAGGGAAACAACAAAGAAGAUAAGUCGGAAUCGAGUUUCCGGCCUCGACUUGCGCGACUUUCAUCGAUGGAAUCGUUGAGACCGUUUGAAAACCGGACAUCAAAACGUAACAAGAAACUUGAGUUUAAUAGUAGCCGGGUGUCACCUAUACCUAAUGGAAGCUCUCAAUGGGGUGGACUUAAUAUUCCAAAGUCGUUAAAUCCGGUUUUUGAAUCUUCAAAAAAAUUCUUUUCUGCUUCGGUUCCCGGCUCAAGAAUUGUAUCGCGGGCCACAUCUCCGAUUUCUAGACGCCAGAGUCCUCCUCGUUCCACUACUCCGAUUCCGACUUUGGGUGGAUUAUCAUCUCCAAAGAUUGUAAUUGAUGAUGCUAAAAGAACAAACGAUGGAAUCAGCCAAGAAGUUGUGAAACUAAGAGCACAGGUGGAAAAUCUUACUCGUAAAGCACAACUUCAAGAGAUUGAGCUGGAAAGAACAUCUAAACAGCUAAAGGAGGCAAUAGCUAUUGCAGGGGAAGAGAGCUCAAAAUGUAAAGCUGCAAAAGAAGUGAUUAAGUCACUUACAGCCCAACUUAAAGAGAUGGCAGAAAGGCUGCCCGUGGGAGCUGCCCGAAACAUAAAAUCUCCUCCUUCCUUCACUUCCUUGGGAUCCAUCAAUCUUGCUUCCAGUGACAUUUCCCCAAAUGCCCCUCCUCUUGACCAGCCCAACGGUCAAAUAUCAUCAUCACCACCACCACCAAAAGAACCAGAUUCCAACGGUUCAAACAGCCCGUUAAACAUAAAACCAACUGCCACCAACAACCGCCACAAACCGCCAGAUGCCGCCACUAGAAACAGUAGCAGAAGCAAAGAUGGUGAAUCUCAGCCUCAGGGACAGGGUGAAGAGGAAUGGGUUGAGCAAGAUGAACCUGGUGUUUAUAUUACUCUCACAUCCUUACCUGGAGGUGUCAAAGAUCUUAAACGAGUCCGCUUCAGCCGGAAGAGAUUUAGCGAGAAGCAAGCGGAACAAUGGUGGGCGGAAAACCGAACAAGAGUUUACGAACAAUAUAACGUCCGAAUGGUCGAUAAAUCAAACGUAAGAAUCGGAAAUGAAGAUUUAGCACAUUGACAUUUAUAGGAAUAUCAUGAUCAUGACGAUAUGUAAAUGAAUUUUCCCGAUUUUCCCAUGCAUUUGUGCAUUAACCAAAAUCAUAAACAAAUGGUGGUCAUAUUGAUUGGAAGCUUUUCAAGGAUUUGUUAACCACAAGCAAGAGCAAUAUUAGAUAGAGCUUUAGUUGUGAUGGUGUUUUUUUUUUUUUUUUGGUCG